GAGACGCAGAAUCCAUUCGAGGGAAAUCCGAAGAGAGCGGGUGCGGUAAUCUGCAGAGCCCAGCACAGAGUGACGCGACGCGGGGCUCUUGAGAGGAACGAGUGCUCUUGGGAGAUGGCGUCGUGCGGAUUGCGCCCAGUCGAGCGGAUUGUGCCCUGCGCACAAUCUCCUGUCGGUUGCUCGAAUGCACCGAGUUCAUUGAGGAGUUCUACAGCUGCCCGAGUAGUCUUGGGCAAUGCUUCUAGUUUUUUAAAUUCCAAGCGACGGGUCGUCAGCCCGUCUGCUUCGAUUCGUCAUCUCGGCAAUGGCCCUUCUUCGUCUCUUGCCGGUACAUUCUCUGAGGCCUCCUUCAAACCCUUCAUGCAAGGAGAAAGUGGAAGAUUGAACGAGAUUCUCAGACCUUCCCUUGCAUUCUCGACGAGGAAAAGAAGGUCCACAAGUGCCCCUCGUGCAAAUGCAGAGGACAUUCCUUCCUUCACUGGGUUUCCUCCCAUGACAGAGAAGCCCAAGUGGUUUUGGAGAAUUCUGGCCUGUGUACCAUACCUCAUGCCACUGAGUGAAACAUGGAUGUACGCGGAGACAGCGUACAGUCUCUUUGCUUUCCUCGAAGACUAUGAAUUCUGCACCUAUCCUUUUCUGAUCCUGAUUGGUUCGCUACCCGGAUGGUUCCUCCUGGCCUACUUCUUCGGGGCAUACCUUGGAAUUGUUCGCAACAACCGGUGGCCCCACUUCCUUAGGUUUCAUGUGGUCACAGGAAUGCUUCUUGAGAUUAUUUUGCAGGUAAUGGGCACCAUUAACGAUUGGGUACCUCAAUCGGUUUAUUGGGGCAAACUUGGAGCUCACUACUGGCUAGCAGUCUCGACAGCGUUUCUGUUCAUAGUUUUAGAUUGCAUCCGAUGUGCUUUAAGUGGCAUGUACGCAGACGUACCCUUUUUGUCAGAUGCAUCUUACAUGCAGAUCCCUUACGAGUAAGUCAGCAUUGCAUGCACAGAGUUCUUGAGAUUUAUUAUAGACAUAAAGAGUACCCACAAUCGGCGUCACAGGAUCACAUUCACGGAGGGCCAUAGCUUGUGGUUUGCAUCAGCUCCAACUAAAAGUGUACAUCUUUUUCAUUAGAAGCUGACAGCCAUGGCUUUGGGCUUUCUGGA